ACAUUAUUAUUACGCACUUCGGAGUACUGUGCAAUUGACUAUUAACUGUUUUAAUUAAUCAUUUUAAUUCAUCAUGAAUUUAUUGUCGUUGUGGUUCCACCUGCUGCUGAUUUCCAUGGUGCUGCUCCUGAUUGCUCCUGCUGCCGAGUCAACUUUUCUCUUGUUUGCUUGUAUCUUCCGACUGUCGAUUUGUCCGUUCCGAACAACAACAGUAGCGACAAGUAGUGGUUAAAAUUAUUGGCAAUUUAACGAUGACAAAUUUUGAAAUAUUCUUC